AUGUGAGAUUUCUAUAGAAUAGGUACAUCAAGGUCUAGAGAAGAGGGUUAUAAAUUUUUUUUUUAAUAUUAAAUGUGACGAAAACAAACGAAAAAUUUUUUCGUAAAUUUUAUAUGACAGAGAUUUUUAGGUAUAAUAAUGGAAUCGGGUUUGAAUGCAUAUUCAAUAAAAAAAAAUGACACAUACGAGGAUGAAGAGGAACGAAAACAUUUUCAGCGUAUUGUUUCUGCAUUCAAAUAUUAUAAACCACACUCUUUACAACGAGUGAAGAAGACUGAAAACUAUCUUCUCUCUUUACCAACUCAUCAUCAAAAAUUACUAUCAAAAUAUCGAGAUCACCUGCAAGAAGUGAAACGCUGUAUUGAAAAUAAUGACGACAUAAUAAAACUAAUAAUUAAGGAUGUGGCGCACAUAUUUGAGAACGUGAAUCCAGCCAGCACAGAUAACGAGAGUGUAAGAAAAGUUAAUCUGACAUUAAGUGCCAGACCAAUAACGGCUGAUCAGGAAAAAGUUCAAGCAACAAUUAAGCAAUUAGUACGUGAUUGGAGUACAGAAGGAACUGAUGAGAGAAAUGCUUGUUAUCAACCAAUUGUAGAUGAAAUUUUAAUGCAGUUUCCAUUGGACUAUUGUACACCUUCUGAAGUGCAAGUUUUGGUACCUGGUGCUGGUCUCGGUAGGCUGGCUUAUGAAAUUGCAAGACGUGGAUAUACGUGUCAGGGAAAUGAAUUUUCAUUAUUCAUGCUGUUUGCGUCUCACUUCGUACUCAACAAAUGUAGAGAUAUAAAUUCUUUUAAAGUACAUCCAUGGGUACAUCAGUACAUGAAUAAUUUAAAACCCGAACAUCAAACGCAAGCUGUCUUUUUUCCCGACGUUAAUCCUAGUGAUCUGCCUGAAAAUGUACAAUUUUCUAUGACUGCCGGAGAUUUCCUCGAGGUAUACAAGAAAGAUGAAAACUGGGACUGCGUAGCGACCUGUUUUUUCAUAGACUGCGCAAACAAUAUUGUUCAAUUUAUUGAAACAAUAUAUAAAAUUUUAAAACCAGGUGGCGUUUGGAUAAAUUUAGGACCACUUUUGUAUCACUUUAGUGACAUGCCAAUGGAGGACUCAAUUGAACCCAGUUACGAAGUUGUCAAAGACGUUAUAAGAGGCUUAGGUUUUCAAUUGGAGAAAGAAGAAACACACGUAAAAUCAAGAUACGCCCAAAAUCCCAAUAGUAUGCUGCAAUAUGAAUAUAAAAGUGUUUAUUUUGUAUGUCGAAAACCAAAAAGACACUAUAAAGUUGGAAUGAAUGGAGUAAAUGAUAGCAACGGAAUUCACGAACAAGAAAAUUAAUAAUUUUUGAUACUUAGUGUUAUAUUCAACCUGCGAGGAAAAAUCGAAAGUCUGUUGUAAUUGUAUUAAGAGUUUGAAAUAUUUUUUUUACUGUAAUAUUAUUAUUUCAACUUUUUCUUUUUAACAAGUUCAUUCAUCAUUGAUUUCACAUUAUUUUUCGUGUUCUUAUUUUCAGUUGUUUUUUUAAAUCAAAUGUAAGUGUUGACAUUUGUAUAACUACUAAUUGAUUACUCGUAUUUGAAUUUUUCCUAUUUCUCUCACACACACACAUCACAUAAUUUUGUACUUUGAAUAAGGGUCAAAAGAAACUCAUUUUUUUAUACAUAAUAAUAUAGACUUGUGAUUUCUAUAUUUAAAUAUGAAAUUUGUGAUUUAAUAUAAUAGACCUAUAAUGUUGGCUA